AUAGAAGUGGCAUGGCAACGAGUCUGAAGCUUUCAACAAAGUCAGCCUCUCCUACGAAAAAAAAAAAAAAGUUAGCCUCCAGUUUAUCCAAAUACUUGUCUCUUCUAUAUUUCUUUGCCCAAACUGGUCCUAAAACUCCCUUAAUAGCCCAGUAAUCUGACACUAUCAUGAAAUAGCUCGCCCUCAAUAGUCAUCAAAUUCUCUACGAGAUGGAGAAAUGGAGAGCUGCUGACCGUCUGCUCAAAUUCUCUAGCAGGUUCGCUUCAGCGGUUAAUUGGAACAAUAGCUGUAAAAGCAAACAGGGGAAAUAUUUUUAUUCAGUGGCCACAACAGUGCACAGAAAUCCCUUGUUUUCUAGCAUUAGCCCUGAUGAUAUCAGCUAUUUCAAGACCAUAUUAGGGGAGAGAGGUGUUGUUCAGGAUGCAUUGGCACUGGAUGCUGCAAAUACUGAUUGGAUGGGCAAGUACAGAGGCUCGAGCAAGCUGCUGCUUCAGCCUAAGAACACUGAAGAAGUUUCACAGAUUCUUAAAUACUGUAAUUCCAGGUGCUUGGCUGUUGUUCCCCAAGGUGGAAACACAGGUCUUGUGGGUGGAAGUGUACCUGUUUUUGAUGAGGUGAUCAUCAAUGUUGGUUUAAUGAGGAACAUCCUUUCUUUUGACAAGGUCAGUGGUGUCCUGGUUUGUGAAGCAGGAUGCAUAUUGGAAAACUUGAUUUCUUUCCUAGAUGAUGAAGGUUUUGGUUCCUUUUCAGAUUUAUUAUGCCUAGAUUUAGGAGCCAAAGGUAGCUGUCAAAUUGGAGGAAAUGUAUCAACUAAUGCUGGUGGGCUACGUCUUCUGCGGUAUGGUUCACUACAUGGCAGUGUACUUGGUCUUGAAGCAGUUUUGGCAAAUGGUACUGUGCUCGACAUGCUUGGGACUUUAAGAAAAGACAAUACUGGAUAUGACCUUAAGCACCUAUUUAUAGGAAGUGAAGGAUCUUUGGGAAUUGUUACAAAGGUUUCAAUUCUUACCCCUCCAAAGUUGUCAUCUGUCAAUAUAGCUUUUCUUGCUUGCGAAGAUUACACCAGCUGCCAGAAACUUCUGUUGGAAGCAAAAAAGAAGCUUGGAGGAAUUCUUUCUGCAUUUGAGUUUCUUGAUUCUGAUGCAAUGAGUUUGGUUCUGAAACAUUUGGAUGGUGUUCGCAAUCCUUUACCUCCCUCAAUACACAACUUCUAUAUUCUGAUUGAGACAACUGGAAGCAACGAAACUUUUGACAAGGAGAACCUUGAGGCCUUCCUUCUUCAUUCAGUGGAAAGUGGUUUGGUAGCCAAUGGAGUUCUUGCUCAAGAUAUCAAUCAAGCAUCCUCAUUUUGGCAUAUUCGUGAGGGUUUACCUGAAGCUCUCAUGAAAGCAGGGGCUGUGUACAAAUAUGAUUUGUCACUGCCUCUUGAAAAGAUGUAUGAUCUUGUUGAGGAAAUGCGAGUGCAAAUUGGUCCUGCAGCCAAAGUAGUGGCAUAUGGUCACCUUGGGGAUGGAAACUUACAUCUAAAUAUCUCAGCUCCAGCGUAUGAUGAUAAUAUUUUGGCAAAAAUUGAGCCCUUCGUGUAUGAAUGGACAUCAAAGAACCGUGGGAGUAUUAGUGCUGAGCAUGGUCUUGGAUUGAUGAAAGCUGCUAAAAUACACUACAGCAAGUCACCUGAAACUGUGCAAGUAAUGGCUUCCAUCAAGAAGCUGCUUGACCCCAAUGGUAUACUCAACCCGUACAAAGUUCUUCCAUCGAGCCUCUUUUCUCAAAAUUAAGGAAAUAAACUGAUGACUGCAAGUGUCCAAUUUUUCAGCUCAGGGUACGACUUUUAGUUUUUGACACAAAAUUGAGAAUAAGAUUGCAUUAGAAAAUUCAUACCACAGGUCGUAGAUUACAGAUUACAGGCUGAGAAAUUGAGACUUCAAUGACAUGUUGUUCCUAAAAGUAUGUGCAAGUAACUUAAGCCAUCCUUCAAUGUGCAGAAUUUUUGUGCAAAGUAACUUGGGCCAUCCUUAAAAGAUUGUGAUGACCAUACCGUAUACUGUUGGUUGUUCAUUUGUCUUCCAGUCUCAGUGAGAAUGCCAUUUCUACCGUUCGCUUGCUG